AAACACUCUUGCCGGACAGGAAGCAUGCUGUCAUGACUUCAGUCAUGGCGGCGCCCUCCAGCAACGAUAUGAAGUCAAGGCAAUGAGAGGAGAACUAAGAUACAAGCAUAGUCUGAUGUUUGAUGCUUUUAUUUAUCCUGUAUGUCUUUGAUCUCAUGGGAGUCUCCGCAUUGCGACUGAAUGCGACCAUCCAUGAGUCAUAACGUUGCUGCUCCGCACUUCUGUCCUCACUUCGUCUAUGGGAAAUCACUAUUGAUAAUGAAACUAUGAUGUUGUUGCAUAUGUGGAACCAUGUCAACACAAGACAACUUGCACUAAAGAUACUUGGCCUCCGAUGCCACAAACACUCCCGUGCAUGUGUGGGACUGUUGGGUGAGAAACCCCAGAGGUCCGAGUAUAAACACUGUAGGCUCUGCUCCACAUCUGCACCACCCUGGAGGAUUCUGUUUUUUGGGACGGAUGAUUUUGCACUGGAGUCCCUUAAGUCCCUGACAGCGACCAGGGGAUCUAAUGAAAGCGUUGUGGCGUCUCUGGAGGUUGUUGCUCUGUCCAACAACGUUCCCGUGAAGAAGUUUGCCGACCAAAACGGACUUCCCGUGCACAUCUGGCCUGUCGUAGACCUCCAGGGUCGCUUUGAUGUCGGCGUGGUGGUAUCGUUCGGCUGCUUGCUCAAAGAGCGACUCAUACGCCAAUUUCCAUUGGGAAUCCUCAACGUGCACCCGAGCCUGUUGCCACGGUGGCGAGGUCCAGCGCCGGUGUUCCAUACCGUCCUGCACGGAGACGCCAUCACAGGGGUCACCAUCAUGCAGAUUCGGCCCUGUAGGUUUGAUGUGGGGCCCAUACUCCGCCAGGAGACUUACUCUGUGCCCACACACUGCACUGCUGACCAGCUAGGGGCUACCCUUGCCACCAGGGGGGCCCAUCUGCUGAUGGACACACUUAAGACACUUCCAGAGAGACUUGCUAACAAAGUGGAGCAAAACCAGACAGGAGCAACAUCAGCUCCCAAAAUUAGUAUUUCAAUGAGCUGGGUGUCGUGGGAGGACCAGACCUGUGGAGAGAUCGAUCGUCUGUUUCGUGCCAUUGGCUCACGGAUUCCCUUGAGAACUUUAUGGAUGGGAAAGACCAUCAAACUUCUGGACUUUGUUGGAAAAUGUGACAUUUCGUUAUCAGGUCAUGGAAGGCCACCAAUUCCUGGUUCGAUCAUCUAUCUUAAAAUGUCAAACACGUUGGCAGUCUGUUGCAAGGACGACUGGGUGGGAUUCAAGGCUGUUGUAUUGAAGAAACGGCUGUCAGCAGCAGACUUCUACAAUGGAUACAUGCACCACGGCCUAACGGGAAAGCCAUCACAUCAGCCAGAACAAUGCUUGUUCAUCAGCAACAGAACUGAAACAUCUAAAGGCACAGAACUGAAAGAAACGAUAGCAUAGCUUUUGAGGUGUCAAUAAAAUACUAAUUUUGUUGCUCUGUAUUUAGUAUGUCUGUUUUAAGACAUUUCCCUGUACAAAUGUGUUGAUCUGAAAUUCCAAAGGUGUGAUACAUAAAUGUACCGUUAAUUGAAAACAUUUAUUUAUAUAAAUAAACAAAAACAAGAUCAUAUAACAUAUGGCAUGUAUAAUUUCUCUGGUAUGUGAUUUGGUCCGUUAUAGCACAUUCUAGUUGCUGCGGCACAACUGCACUAGGAAGUUGGCUAGGAAGGCGAAUAUAAUGCGUGGUGCAUGGAUGGGGCAUAAUAAAAAGAACAACCCAAGUUGUAUGGCUGUGUGUAUGAGAUUACUUUUUUGUCUUACAGCUCAUCCACAGCCUACUUCCCGAUUGUAAUAACCACACACUAAGAAAUGCUGAUUAUAUAUCCUUUUUGUGAUGGUUUUUUUCGAGUUCAGCAAAACCAAUACUACACUCAAUAACUACACAACAGAAAAUGAUGUAUAAAGACAGACCGAUAUAUACAUAGUUGUCUGAUUGUCUAGGGUAGUUAUAUCUGGUUUUGAUUAAGCCCACUUGGUCACAUGACAUGGAAGCUAUUAAAAAAAACUGCAAUUAUCUUUUAUAUCUUGCCAUUCAGGGCUUUCGUAGUUUCCACAUUAUGCCUAUUAGGGCAUCACAAACACAUUAACACUCACCCUAUUCUAUUGCAUUCCCAAAAUCACUGUUUCUAAAGCAUCUAAUGUUUCAAAUCCAUCACAGCGCUGUUUUGAUUUAAGAUAAUCAGCACAGAUUUGAGAUCCGCUCAGGAACACAGACAUUGACAUUAAAUGUUCUUCAUCAGCCUGUCCUCUUGGUCUCUAAAUAUUAGUCCUGUAUUCUACUCCACAAAUGUAUUGUUGGUUUAUGUUAAUGAUACAGAAUGCUAUGUAAAUAAAGUUAUUUUUAUUACAGAUACAUUAUGGCAUUAGUACAUCAGGUAUUUGUUUCUGUGUCAUCAGUAGUGGUUUAGUAGGAAU